AUGUCUGAUAUGAUACCGACCUUCAGAAAUAUGGCUAUUGCCUUAUUCAUUGGAUACCGAGCUAUGAUAAACAAUGAAACGCCAGUUGCAUGUAUUUUAGUUUCCAGAAGUACAAAUCAAAUUUUAAGUAUAGGGUAUAAUGAUACUAAUCGGUCGCUAAAUGGUACGAGACAUGCCGAAUUCAUAGCUAUAGACAAGGUGAUGAGUCAAAUUCCAGUACACGAUAGAUCUGAUAUUGCUAAGAUUCAGGGAUUUUUUGGUGAUGUAAUAUUGUAUGUGACAGUAGAACCAUGCAUAAUGUGUGCAUCGGCAUUGAAACAGAUUGGGAUAGGCUACGUGGUCUAUGGAUGUGGAAACGAUAGAUUUGGAGGAAACGGAACAAUUUUGAGUAUCCAUCAAGAUAAAAUCAAUAAGGCGUAUCAAAGCUAUGGAGGGGUCUUAAGAACAGAGGCCGUUCAGUUACUAAGAAACUUUUACAUUCAAGAGAAUGAUUCGGCACCGAACCCCAAGAUUAAGAAAAAUAAAGAGCUAGAAAAUAAAGAGUACCCUCCUAAUUUAGACUUUAAAGAGUAUUUGUCGCCAGAAGAGUUUACUGAAUUCUUCGGAGACGAAAGGUUUGCUGCAUCAUAUGAUAACAGAGGACGUGAAUUAACUCCCGUUCUCAACCAUGGAUAUACAUUAAGAGAUAUACUACAUAUAGAGGACCUACUUGCGGUAUCUGAGUUGAAGGAAAUGUAUCAAGAGAAGGACUUUGAGGACAAGCUAGAAAAUGAUUUGCAAAAUUUCUAUGGAUUGUUUUACGAUAUUGAUGAAGAAGGCAAAGUUGAUUUCAAUAAGAUAAUAACCAAAAUUGACCAAAUCGCCCAGAUUAAUCCAGCUGACCCAGCUGACCCGGUUAAUCAAGUGAUCCAAGUUGAUGGCUUCACUACAGACUUAGACUGUAAGAAGAGGAAACUAAAUAAAUGA